AAUCAACGAUGUUGCUAACACACCUCAGUCCGGGCUCCGGGCAAGAGCGCAUCUUUGGUACAUAGGGCUAAGGAACUGAAGAGAUCACAGCUUCGUGAUGCCGCAUGCCAAAUCCUUGAGUGAAGGCUCGAAAAGUCGCAUUGAGUCGAUAUGUGUGCCAAGGGUGUUGCGGACCAGAACCAGAAGCUGGGGAUGAUGGGCCAUGUAAGCAAGUCAGGAACAAACCUCGCGGGGCAGCCAUCUACACGUUGGACCAUCGCUGUUGGUGCAAGCAGCGAUCGUUGAUUUCGAGUCUACUCUUAACUGCAUUACUGGGAGUUGAAGUUCUGGACAUGCACCUGAUGUCCACCUCGAGGUGCUAUGAGAGAGAUAGCGGUAGGCAGCCAAAAGAUUCCACCACAAUCACGUCUGAAGAACUGAACGAGGAGGUAGCCAGCUCGGUUUUAUUCGGGUCGAAGAUCGCUCAUGUCGUGUGGGGAAUACCUUCGGAGGGACAACAUGAUCGACGGGGAGGGGUGGUAGUGAUAUAGAGCUGCGUGGCUUCACGAGAAUCUUGAUCUGAGUCCUGCCAUCUUAUUCAUCAUGGGCAGAGAGGGUGUUGGUCUGCUGUUCGCUCUGUGGAUCGCAUCCGGAGCAACGCAAUUUGUCGUUCACGCCGUCACUUCGUCGUUCAGCGUCCAAGAGGGCAGCUUCUCAUGUGGAUCAACAGGGAAUAUGUUGUGCAGCAGGGACGCCUCGACUACCGCAGAGGGAGUAUUGCUGCUCACACCCCGUGAGCCUUACAAACAGAUCAAUUCUAAUAUUUUUGAGGCGACGGUCGGCAUGGCUCUUUACAAAGAGCCUAUACAGCUGCUGAAUACAACAAGCAGCCAUUCUGCUUCUUUCAAUAUCUCUUUCAGCAUCAGUAUGAAUGCGGUCACCACCAUACCAGGCGAUGGCAUGGCUUUUGUAAUGUGUUCACAAUCGGACUUCGUGGGAGCUCCGGGACGUACUCUCGGUGCUUUCAGCAAGAACCAACUCGAGAUGGGCAUAAAUGUUUUGGCUGUGGAAUUUGACACCUACCAGAACAAUCUAGACUCGGAUUUCGAAGCUGAUGCGGACAAUAACCACGUCGGUAUAGACAUCAACUCGAUCAACUCGAAGAAGGCGGAUUAUGUUUGGAGCUUCCGCCUCGUAGAGAGUGGGAGGUUGUACGCGUGGGUGGAUUACGACUCUACCACUUCGACAUUGGAAAUGAGAAUAAGCCAGACGAGUGAGAAGCCCGCAAAACCUAAGCUUUCGUACAGCACGGACCUGAGAACGGUGUUCCAUAAAGAGCAAGUUUGGGUGGGGUUUUCAGCGGCGAAUGGGAAUUCCACUUCUUACAGCUACAGCGCGGCGUAUGAUCUGACUGUAAAAAGCUCAUUUCCCAUCGAGGCAGAAGGCAUGCAUGAUGACAAUAUUGAUGCAAUGCAGUGGGUUUAUAGCUCGGAGGGCUCAAAACUCUACGAGAAGGCUAUCGCAGGAGUUUCAGUAGGGGUCGCAGCCGCAGUGCUCGGUGCUUAUGUCGUGAGUCGGAGCUACUGGCUCCGAAAAAGGAGAAACAUGUCGUACAACAGCAGCAAACGGGGAGGCGGUAGUGACGCAGUCGAUCGGGACCUGGAGUCUAUUAUUACAGGACUGUCGUUCACGGCCACGGAUACGAGGAUCCAAGUGUUCAAGUACAAGGAUCUGAGCGCUGCAACGAACAAUUUCGACGACGAUUUGAAGCUCGGGACGGGGGGGUUCGGGAGUGUGUACCGUGGCCGGAUUCCGGGCACGGAUCGGGAUGUUGCUGUGAAGAGGAUGGACAACACGUCGCCGCAGGGGUCCAGGCAGUUUCUGGCUGAGGUUUACACCGUCAGCCAGCUCCGGCACCGGAACAUUGUCCAGCUACGGGGAUGGUGCUCGGAUGGGCCCGAGUCAUCCAAAUACCUGCUGGUGUACGAGCUCAUGCCCAAAGGCAGUCUCGACAAUUACCUGUACUCGCAAGUAUCGGACGUGGUGCUGUCAUGGGAGGGCAGGUUCAAAAUUCUGGAAGGACUGGCGGCUGCUCUCCACUAUAUGCACGAGGGUUGGCGACAUCAAGUGAUCCAUCGGGACGUGAAGACCAGCAAUAUCAUGCUUGACGACGACUUCCAGGCAGUGCUGGGAGACUUCGGGCUCGCUCGAGCAUCGCGCCACUCGAAGGAUCCCCCCACCACGUCUGUGGCUGGAACGCACGGCUACAUUGCCCCGGAAGCAUUGCUAACAGGCAAGUACACAGUCAAGACGGAUGUGUUCGCCUACGGAGCUGUGGCUUUGGAGAUCGUGUGCGGCAGGAAGAUUUACGACUUGGGCUGUCCCACUGAUGAGAUCGUGCUCCUGGAUUGGGUUUGGGAGAAGCUGAGCGAAGAUAAGCUUCUCAGUGUUGUGGACCCGAGACUGGUGGACACAUGUGAUAUGGACGAAGUGGAGGGCAUUCUUCUUUUGGGUCUCUUGUGUUCACAUCCGGUAGCUGAUGACCGUCCUGUCAUGAGCGAAGUUCUGGGGAUCUUGGCGGGCACCGUAGUACUGCCUCCGAUCCCGAAAUCUAAACCAGUAUUUGAUAGCAAUGUAGAGUUACAUCGAAGUCCCCAUGUGAAUGGAGCAGUCGCCCAAGUCGGAAUACCUACGGGUUCAGAACCUUGGUGUACACAGCUCUUCAAAUCCGGUAAAAGUAUACGAGAUGCUCGAGCGAAACUGCAAAGAAUGUGACGAUGCACCUCUUUUCGACACAAUAAUUCGUAAAUUUCAUGCAUACAGUUAAUUAGUUGGUGAUUCUGAGAAAGGACUCAAGUCCCUUGUCUGAGCCCCAAUGUACAAAGGGUUUAACCCUUCGACCCAGUAAGUUCAUUUUUCUGAAAUUCACUCGGUGAUGUACAGACUUGUUAUAUCUCACUCAGAUUAUCUUUACGGACAAGAUUAAAUUUUGCAGUUUUACCUUGUUGACUGCCAGACAAGACAGAUAAGAGAAAGGAUUGCAAAUGUUUUUCUGCUUUGUACGGGAAGCUAAUGCAAUUCAAAAUCAGG